GCUUAUUUGUGCCACGAUAGUUGUCAAGAGAAUGGUACAAUAAUAGAAUCGGCCGCCGGAUGGGCCGGGAAGUCACAAAUAUGCCGUUCUAAAGGUGGCCUUAUUCGACAACGUAUCACCGAUCCUGCCACAAUUGAAAAUGUGGAAGCGAAAUGGCCAGAGAUUACAGACAUGAAAAAUGCGGUUCCCCGAGUUUCACUAUCGGCAUCUCUUGCAGAUUUGGCGGAAAAACUGGAGCAUUUAAGGCAAGGGGAAGAACCACCCACCUCAUCCAGAGAAGGCGAUAUAUUUACGUUUUCUUCUAAAGAUCUAAUUUUGUACGCGCUCGGAGUGGGGGCAUCCGUUCAGAAUCCAGAGGAGUUAAAGUUGUUGUACGAAAAUCACGAGAACUUUGGUUCAAUUCCGUCUUUUUACAUUUUACCUAGUUUGCAAGCGGUGAUGUCUUCGUCACAACUUAAUACAAUACCCGGAAAAUCAAUUUCUCUUGAAAAUAUGCUUCAUGGUGAACAAUACCUAGAGAUCUACAAUAGCACUCCCGAGGCCGGUACAUUACUAAGCAAUCCCAAAAUCGUAGAGACAUUGGAUAAGGGGUCUGGUGCCGCAAUUGUUACGGAAAUUAACAGUUACAAUGAGCAAGGGGCGUUGAUUAUGCGAAAUCAGUGUGUUACGUUUGCUGUUGGCGCUGGUAACUUCGGAGGGCCCAGAACUGGAAACAAAAUCGUACCUUGUGUACCGAAACCAGACCGUAAACCCGACCUAUCCCUAUCCUACAAGACAACAAUCGACCAAGCGGCACUUUACAGAUUAUCCGGCGAUAUUAAUCCAAUGCAUAUCGAUCCUAACUUUUCUGCAAUCGCCGGGUAUGAGAAACCAAUUUUGCACGGUUUGUGUACGUUGGGUAUUUCGGUUCGGUUAGUAAUGGGUGCAUUCGCGUCUUACGACCGGAAGCUCUUUAGGGCGGUUAAAGCACGGUUCACGAAAGUGGUGAUCCCAGGCCAAACAUUGCGCGUGGACAUGUGGAGAAAUGGAAAUCGAAUUCAUUUUGAAACGAUCGUUGUUGAGAAUGGCACCGCUGCUAUUACAGGUGCUUACGUUGACCUAAAGGCUAUCAAGACAGGAAUAAUGCAAAAUAAAUUGGCAGCAAGUACUUUGAAGAGCGAUGCAGUCUUUGAAUAUAUUAAUGACCAAGUGAAAGUGCAACCCGAUAAAGCAAAGAGCGUAAAUGGAAUUUUCUUAGUGAAAAUCACAAAGGAUGGAGAAAUUGUUAAAGAAUGGACCAUGGAUCUAAAAUCGGCAUCGAUAUACGAAGGAGCGGGAAAAGAUGUGAAACCGAAUACAACACUGGUCGUAUCGGAUGACGAUUUCGUGGAAUUAGCCGUUGGUAAAUUGAACCCGCAACAAGCAUUUAUGAAGGGCAAAUUGAAAGUGACCGGAAAUAUUAUGCUUGCUCAAAAAUUGGGACCUCUCCUUAAAGCUGCACCUAAACUUUAAAUGUAUUCCACUUAUUCUUUGAAUUUUUGUUGUAUCAUAGUGUAGUAGAAUUAAAUGUAAAUGUGUUUUACAUUCCGUUCACGUGGGGUUGUGUAGUUUUCAAAUAUAUUUGUUAUCAUUUUGUAAGGAACAUAAAUACAACUUAUAACUAUUC